UGCAUUUAAACAUCCUCUUAUUAUCAGAUGCCAAACUUUAUUUUAUUUUUUCAAUUUUUCUGAUGUAACAAUUCCCAUCCUAAACUUUCUAUCCACACAUAUCUCUCCCUCCUAUGACCUCGUACCAGUUGAAUUUAUCGUGAAAUAACCACAAAACUGUAAUAACAUCUGGCAUUUUCGUAAGCCCCUUAUUGAAAACAAGACAAAAAAUAUCAUAUUUUUUGGUAGAAUUAGAUUGUUCUGGGUUAGGGUUUCUUUUUGUUGGAUACAGCACAGGUACAAAUCGGCAAUUGAAAAGAGAGUUAAAUUUCCAAUGAUAAUUGGGUUUCAGGCUAUUUAAUUUUGUGUGGGUGUCGUUUUGUGGAUAUCUGGAUACGACUCCUUUGUCCUUUCCUUAAUUUGGCCUGAAUUUAAUUAGAUUAUUCUUGUUGUACGACUAUUACUUUUUUUAAUUAAAGUUUUGCUUUUAAUUUUUCUUUGAAGAGAAUAAAGGUCAAGGAUUCGCUGGCACAACAAGGCAGAAAUUGAGGGCUAAGCCCGCACUAGUUUUCUUGUUUUGUAACUCAUGAGAAUAAUUGAGCUGGAUACUUUGCUAUGUUGGCUUUGAAUUGCAAUGGGAUUGGCUCCAUUAACUGUUUCUUUCAUUUCUCUGAAUGGCAUCCUCUGGAAUAGCAUAGCUGAUCGCCUCAUCGAUACCCACUUCAAUAUUUCAUAUACACAGAAGAAAAGGCAAGCCUUCGAAAUUUUUAUUCAAAAGGUUUGACUAUCGAGUUUAUUAGUUUUCAAUUUAAUUUAAAUUCGGGCUAGACUGUUGUUAUUGCAAAUGGACUGUUGUGGGUGUUUUGGUUUCUCUUCGAAGAAGCCAAAGAAGGCAGAGAGACCCUGUAGGGGGAUGCCCCACAGUACUUCACAGGAGUCCUUGUUGGAUGAUGAUGAUGAUGUAGAAGAUGAGGAUGACGAUUUCUAUAAUGGAGAUAUGACGGAAACUGGUAUCCCAGAUGAAUAUGAUUUCCUAAGCCCAAGAAAGCGCUCUGAGGAGAUCUUGAUGUCCCUGCUGGAAAAUGGAUUGGUUUGCAGGGAGUUCCCUGUUAAGGAAACCAAUACUUUGCUACGCUCCCAAGUGAGUUGUAGAAAAUAUGAUGAUGAUGGGAACAAGACAAUCAAUGAAUAUGUGCGUGAACAUAAGAUUGGUUCUGGCAGCUAUGGGAAAGUGGUUCUCUAUCGAAGCCGUGUUGAUGGACAACAUUAUGCCAUAAAGGCCUUUCACAAAUCUCAUUUGUUGAAGCUACAAGUUGCGCCUUCUGAGACUGCCAUGACUGAUGUUUAUCGUGAGGUCUUAAUCAUGAAAGUGUUGAGUCAUCCUAAUAUAGUCAAUCUGGUGGAAGUUAUAGAUGACCCAAUAACAGAUCACUUCUAUAUGGUUCUUGAAUAUGUGGAAGAAAAAUGGAUUUGUGAGGAUACUGGUCCUUCAUGUGCUCUAGGAGAAGAUACUGCACGGAAGUACUUACGUGACGUAGUUUCUGGAUUGAUGUAUCUUCAUGCUCAUAACAUAGUGCAUGGAGACAUUAAACCUGAUAAUUUAUUAAUUACUAGUUUUGGCACAGUUAAGAUUGGUGACUUCAGCGUCAGCCAGGUUGCUGAGGAUGAUAAUGAUGAGCUCCGUCGUUCUCCUGGAACUCCUGUAUUUACAGCGCCCGAGUGCUGCUUAGGUGUAACCUAUAGUGGAAGACUUGCUGACACUUGGGCGGUUGGAGUUACGUUGUACUGUUAUAUUAUGGGGAACUACCCAUUUCUAGGGGAGACUCUCCAAGACACCUAUGACAAGAUAGUGAAUAACCCGUUGUUGCUUCCUGAUGACAUGAAUCCCCUAUUGAGAGACCUACUCGAGGGUCUUCUUUGCAAAGAUCCAAAGCAGAGGAUAACACUGGAGGCUGUUGCCUGUCAUCCCUGGGUCGUUAGAGACGAUGGGCCAAUGCCUUACCACUUGUGUUGGUGCAAGUACGGUAGGCUGCAGGCAGCAGAGGCAGCCUCUGAGGAGAGAGGAGAGGACACCAACUCAUAGCUGAUGUGCUGAUUAGAUCUUGUUUAUUGUAGAAUUUAGGCACUGUGGGAUUUCUCUUCCAUUGUAUGAUUACUGGACAAAACCAAAAUCAGCUUGUACAAGAAAUGAGUAGAAAGAGGCAUUUGAAGAGAGUUAAACCGGUGAAAAACACUUAUAUAAGGUUGGUACUUUGAUGUGA